GGCCGAAGGCGGUGUUAGUGGUCAGUGCCCACUGGUCGGAGCAGAUUGCUACGGUGAUGGAAGACAAGUCACACUCGCUUUAUUACGAUUACUAUGGUUUCCCGGACAGUACAUACAACGUGAAGUGGCAAGUUUCUGGCGCUCCGGCCGUGGCGGCCCGGGUGUUGCAGCUGUUUAAGGCAAAAGGAAUAAGUUGUACCAAUAUUCACAGCCGAGGUCUGGAUCAUGGAGUGUUUGUACCUCUUAGUUUAAUUUGGCCGAGAGCCAAUGUCCCAGUGCUUCAGGUGUCGCUGAAAAACAGUUUAACUGUGGUCGAGCACCAGGAGAUGGGUGAAGCGCUGUCAGAACUCAGCAAAGAGGGCAUACUCAUUAUAGGUUCCGGUUUUAUGACUCAUUCUUUCGAAAAAAUGGGACAGUCCCAUAAAUGCAACAUAUUCCAGUGGGCGUCCGAUUUACAGAAAUGGGUAAGGGAUGUUUUCUGUAAUCCUCGGCUCACCCCCAGGGAAAGGAAAGAACGCAUGGUGGAGUGCGAAAGUCUACCGUUUUUCAAAAAGGCUCACCCUCGUCUUGAACAUUUCUUACCUUUGGUUAUCGCCUCAGCUGUAGCAGGCUACCCACCGGGCCAACCCAUUUUCUCUUUCUUCGUUUCACCAAGUCUACUAAUGGAACACAUUAUUUUUAAAUCAAUUGUUUAGACAUCGUCAUCGACAACGACGACGACGACGACGAUCACAACAACAACAACAGCAACAGCAACAACAACAACAGCAACAACAACAACAACAACAGCAACAACAACAACAACAACUACUACAACAGAAACAGCAGUAAUAGCUACUAUUACAAAGACAGUAACAACGACGAUGACAAAUACAACAUUGAAAAUAACAUAAUAAUAAUAAUAAUAAUAAUAAUGAUAAUAAAGGCAAUAAUAGCAACAAUAUCAGUAACAACAAUAAGAAUUAAAGACGCUACUAAUAUCGACGAUAACAACAUCAACAACAACAACAACAACAACAACAACAACAACAACAACAACAACAACAACAACAACAGCAACAACAAUAUCAGUAAUAUCAAUAAUAGCAAUAAUAGCAAUAGCAAGAACAAUGUUUAAAACAAUGUUUAGAACAACAACAACGUCAAUAACAUUAACAAUAUUACCACAACAACUAUAAGCAUAAAAAUAGCUAUAACA